GUGCUAGUGUGCUCGACUUCGUACUCCUUCGUCUUGGGCCCACGGACGAAGACUUCUUCUGGGCCCGGUUGAUCCUUGCGAAUCCAUCUACCCCUUUUCCGAUUGAGGAGACGAUGUCUCGCGGGAUUAUGACGGCAGCUUUCAGCCCCAGCAUCGUCCUCCCAGUGUCCUUGAUGUUGAUGGGGAAGUCCUCGCCAUCGAGCAGGAUGAGCUGAUCAUGGAUGGGAAUGGGCCUUUUGCAUCCGUUACCAUACAGCGGCUUCGUUGGCAGCUUGCAUGCCUUGCGGCAGUCGUUCCGCGCCUGUCGCAUCAGGCGGGUCUUCUCUCCCGCCAGCAUGCACCAUUCGUCGGGUGCGAACCCUGUGGGAUCGUCCCUACGCUUGAAACAGUAGUAGAUGUCUUCGCUACUGGCAUCGAUGCCGAUGGUAAUGUCAAAAAGCUUGACAUCAAGGCCGCCAGGCGGAGGUGGAAAGCCCUGCCCAUCAUGAGUCCUGCUCAAUUUUCCCUCCACCCGCAGACUGUUGCGCCAUUGCCCAUCUGACGGCUUACAAGCUGGGCGGAGCUGGCCCGUGGCAGCCGCAGUUGCCUGGGAGAAGUCGCCGCCUUCCAUCCCUACCUCUUU